UAUUGCUCCAAGAAUACCUAAUAGAUAUUUUGGAGUGCGUGAAUCCUUCUGUGGUUUGGGGGGUGACGAUUUUAUUAGUUGGGUAUCAACGAGGUCAAGAGACGAGACGAGACGCUUGCGACAGGAGGUUCGAGCUGUGACGGCAAACGGAGGCAGCAAAAGAAGGGAAACUUGGGGUGUUAUAUUGCGCUACACUAAGAUAAAUGUCAAGACGAAGUGAAGUCGACAAGACGCAAGGAACGGGAAGUAUCCCGAGUCUCCUUUUUUAUUUCACGUCGUUCGUGCCUGGAAGCGGAUACUGCUGCGUGCUAGCAGGAUAUUGGGCUGCGGGAGCAGAUGCCAGGGUCGCCGGCCAAACGAGGGGUCAACAGACAACGCAGCGUCUAGCGGAAACUAUCGGUGCGCUGGCGAUGAACGUUUCACGCUGGAUAAGUGGAGGCCAGUCGAGCCGGUGCGGACUGAAGCAGACGCGAGAGGCACGGCAAAGAUACAGGCAGCGGGGCCAGAAGCACGCAAGAUGCAGCGAUGCAGAGACGCAGAGAGGACCGGUCCGGUGAGGAAUCUGGACAGAACAGAGGAAUGGACAGAGGCAAGGAGAUGGUAGGUACUCUGCGUUGGGUAUAUAUACCGGGA